CAAAUUGACAUUAUUGCAUAUUUAAUCGGACAAGAAACACUCUCCUGCCGAGAAGCGUCGAAUGGGUUUGAUCAAAAUUUGCAGGAAGUACCACCGAGUGCGACGCGGUGCAGCAACAAAGCAGCCUCCCGCCCACCUGUGUUUACGUGCGUAAUGUCACCCGGAGACAAUAGCCAUUUUUCUCUGUGUUCUUUCGCGUGAAAAAAAAGGAGAGAUCGCCGAGGUCAGAGGUGGAGACGCGCGCGCGCACACUGCAUGGGAUGAGCAUCUCGUUCCGCGAUGAGCGACGUUCCGAGGAAAAAAGCCAAUCACCUGGCGGUGUUUAAGCGGCGCACCAAGAACGAGGACAACGACGAAUUGUCGAGGAGCUUCAUUAUAGGAGCGAGAAAGACGGGCCGGUUGAAUCUCUCGUCGAGGGGACUGUCCACGGUACCCGACAGAAUAUGGAGUAUAAACGAAUUAACGGAGGAGGAGUUACGUAAUUUACAUGUCGAACUUGAUUACGAGCCUCUGGAGGAGCGAUGGUGGGAACAGGAACCACUGAAGAUGCUAGAUCUGAGCUUCAACAGUUUGACUGUAAUCGAUGACAAGAUACAACUUCUAACGGAAUUGAAUACUUUAGACCUGCACAACAAUUUGUUGGAAGAACUACCGCCCGAGAUCGGUUCUCUGCGCCAACUAAGAGUGAUAAAUCUGUCGGACAAUAAGCUAAAAAGUUUGCCCAAUCGGUUGUACAUGCUGGAGGAAUUGUGCAAGUUGUAUCUGAAAAGUAAUCAAAUAAGCACACUCGAGGCCGAGAUUGGGAAUUUAAUCAUGUUAACUCAGAUGGAUUUAUCAUGCAAUAGUUUAAGUGAAUUACCGAUCGGAUUGGGAUACUUGGUGCGACUGGAGACACUGAAUUUAUGUCACAAUAUGAUAAAAGAGUUACCGCCUGAUGUAACAAGCAUGAGAUCGUUAAAAACGUUAGACGUCAGCUUUAACCAGCUGGAGACGUUACCACCGUUAGGUGAAUUGCGAAAAGUAGAAAGAAUUAUGUUCCAGUCGAACAAUUUGCAGGAAUUCCCAGACAUAUCAGGUUGUUCAGCAUUAACAGUAUUGCAUUUGGAUAACAAUAACAUUCCUGAAAUUGAUCCGCAGCGCUUAGAAGGGACAGGCCACCUGAAAACGCUCACAAUGCAAAACAAUAAAAUCGAAGUGAUACCCGAAGAAAUAGUCAAAUUGAUAAAUUUGGAAGUUUUUGACUUGUCGCAUAAUAAUAUAUCUUUUAUACCCUUUUGCAUCGGAAUACUGCCCAAUUUAAAGCAAUUUGUAAUCGAGGGAAAUAGCAUAAAAAAUGUGAGGGGAGACAUAAUACGAUGCGGUACGCACCGCAUUCUGUCGCACAUUCGUCAGACUGUGGACAAUAAUCCAAGCAUAAACACCAGAGAAUUAUUCCAACCUAGUGCCAGCAAUAGUAUUCAUCCUGACAAGUACGUGAUGAAGCACACAAAGCUGUUGAGUUUAACCGGGCAAAAUCUCCUGGAGAUAUCCGAAGAGGUCUUGGAAAAUGCGGCGGAAGCCUCCGUCACAACCGUCGACUUGAGUAGAAACAGGCUGUCGGAGCUGCCUGAUAAAAUGUCGAUAAUCGCUACAGUGACAGACCUAAAGCUGACCUCGAAUCAUUUAGCGAGCUUGCCGGAGUGGAUCGGUGAGAAGUACACGUGCUUGCAAGUUUUAGACCUGAGUAAAAAUCACUUGCACUCUCUACCGUCGAGCAUCGGUUGUCUGGCAUACCUGCGAGAUAUUGAUCUCUCGUUCAACAGGUUCACUGAAUUGCCAGAAGCUAUUUACGACGUUGCGUGUUUGGAAUGUUUAAUUGCCAAUGACAAUCAAAUCAGGAAAAUAGAUGUGCCGCUUUUGGAAAAAUUAAAAAGGCUGGCAGUUUUAAAUCUGACAAACAACAAUAUCGCUCACGUGCCCCCUGAACUUGGUAACUUGAAACAUUUAAGGAAUCUAUUGUUAUCCGGGAAUUGUUUCAAAUAUCCCAGGCAAGCGAUUCUGAUGAAAGACACAGAGGAAAUAUUGAGCUAUUUACGUAAUCUAAUACCUCAAUAACGAAGAGAAAACGAAAUAGUUAGUAGGGAUUAUCCAUUUUUAAAACUGUUAAAAAUUUGUUAUAUCUAAAUGUGUUACGUGUGAAUAUUUUAUGUCUAUAAAUACAUUUUUACUGGUCUAUACAAAUUUUACACACAUACAUGCAUAUACAUAUAAUGUAUAUAUAUAUAAAUCCCAUCCUAGAUGAGACAAGUACAAAUAAUUAGACUAGAUUCAUAUUAGUAAAUUUAAUGCGAAUGAAGCAAGGAGAAAUCCUGCAUUCAUAGAAAUACAUGAGAAGAAAAUAAAGUGUCAAAAUGUGAGAAUGUGAGAGUGCAGCAAAUACGUAUUUUGAAAGAAUGAAAGGUGUAUUUAAGAUAUUUAAUUAUAUAGAUUAGAAUAAAUGUGAUUGAAGUGGAAGCUAAUAAAGGCCAAAAAAAUCAACAGUA